AACGGCAACUACGUGCUGGGCGCGCGUGCCAUCCUUGAGCUCGAGAGAGACAUCCGACAGCGCUUUCCUGACGCAAUCCACAACUGCUGUCACUGCAAGAAGCCAGCAUUCUAUCGCUCCUCGUGCCCCAAUGAGGAAUGCAGUGCCGUCUCCCACUUCCAGUGUCACAUCAACUUUGUCGCAAAGUUCCGCGAGGACAGACAAAGGGGCCUCAAGUGCCGCCAGUGCGGGGAGCGGUGGGAGCCGGUGGAGAUGGAGGCGAGCGCGAACGUGUUGCGCCGACAGCAAUCAGCAAAGCGACGAGCAGAGGUGGCAACAACAGCACGCAAACGCCUGCUCGACAUCGCAAAGCGACACUCUGCAAACGGCCACGCGCCAGCGAACGGCACAUUGCAAUCCAACGGUGGUGGUGGCGACGAUGAUGAUGAUGAUGACGACGACGAUGAUGAUGAUGAUGAUGAUGACGACGACGAGGGGGAUGGUGAUGAGGAAGAGGAGGAGCAGCAGCAAUCGCGGGCGAGGAGGAGAAGUGGUCGCACACGAAGAUGA